GCACUUUACGGACACCCUUCUUUUUUUGACAUUUAAAGUAAAAGGGAAAAGGUGUUGUUGUUUCUGUUUCCUUGAAAAUAAUAAUAUACAAUUACGUCAGGUGUUGUGUGAUCAUCUUUUCCUACUGUCAGUUGUGCGAUCCGAAUUGUUAAUUGGUUAAUUUAUCCAACAAGAACUAUUCUUAACUGUAUUAUCAAUGUCGUGAUGCUUUUCAGCGCUAGUCAAGACAGGGAUUUACAAGCCCGAGUUCAACUCGUAACCCGGAUUCGUUCACUACAAACAACUGAUCAUGUUUUACCAACACCAUAUUUUCAAAUUGAUCCAUCCCAUGGAACAAUUGUGCUGGGAAACAAUCGGUUAUUUCAUUUGGGCAAUGUUCUCCCAUUUGAUUGUCCUCAACAGGCAAUAUUCAAAGGAUAUGUCGAGCCAAUUGUCAAUGCUUGUUUUGAUGGUUUCAACAUAACUGUAAUAGCGUAUGGACAAACUGGAUCUGGGAAAACAUUUACAAUAUUUGGACCUGGAUUGCUCUACACCAUGAAUGAAUCUGAUUUUGGUAUGGUUCCACGGACUGUUCGUAACUUGUUUUACAAAGCUAAAGAAUACCCCGGAAGACAGAUCUCUAUCCAAGCAAGCUAUUUAGAAAUCUAUGAUGAAGAAAUUCAUGAUCUUCUGAGUAUGGAACCCUUUCAUGGUGAAAUUACUGUACAAGAAGAUCAAAAUGGAGAAAUCAUCAUCACUGGAGCAACACAAAUGGAAUGUCAUACCAUUGAUGAUGUAUUUAGCUGUCUUGAAACUGGUCUGGCUUUAAGACAUACUGGGCCCAUGUUAAAUCAACUCUCAAGUAGAUCCCAUGGAAUUUUCACACUCUAUAUGCAACAGGCAUGGACACAAGAUGGAUGUUUGUAUGAAGUGUGUUCUAAACUCCAUUUUGUCGACUUGGCUGGAUCGGAAAGACUUGGCCUCGGUGUUACCAGUAAUCAUGGAAACGACGAUACACAACUAACAGGAUUUCAGGAACCAUUUUCCAUUAAUUCUGGCCUUCUUGCGUUAAGUAAUGUCACGGCUGCAUUGGGUGAUCCUAGAAGAAAAGCUAGCCACGUGCCUUAUUGGGAUUCGAAAUUAACCUACAUUCUGAAAGAUUCACUGGGUGGUAAUGCCUUCACCUUGAUGAUUGUGUGCCUUUCUCCUUCGGCUUCUGAUUUGGAAGAGACGACGAAUACGUUGAAGUUCGCAUCAAGGGCAGCAAACAUUUGUAAUCGCCCAGUAGCGAAUGUCCGCCUUACACCGAUAGCUAAUAUUCCUUUGAUGGCAAUGGGCAUAAACGCUCGCCCUUUUAAUUUGGCUGGUGUGACGGAACUUGUGUCACCGCCUAACAUUCCGCAAUUUCAAAUGAAUGAAACUCCAUUUACUUGUCAAGCUAAUCCUAUGAGGGACAAUGAAGAAAAUCGAUCUGUAUAUCAUGAUCCUGAACAAACAGACGGAGAUGAAGUUUUUAGAUUACGAUUCGCAGCAAGUCAGUGGCAAUUACUGGUGACCAACGCCGAAACACUUUUAAAUGAGUUGGCUGCAUCUGGGUUGCUUGGAAAUGACACCAAAAACAAAAUAGAAUCUUGGCUUUGUUUGAAAGAGGAAUACGCAAACUGUAUUGAUCCCGAUUUGUUAACCAUCAAACCGCGAAACAGAAUUCAGAGUGAUACCGAUGGCAGUCACCUGACAGACUUGCCUAUCACAACAAGCAUAUUUCACACCAGUGGUGAAUCUAAAACACUCCAUGUCAUUGAAGAGGUAUCCGAGCCCACUCCAACCCGUGAACUUUCUUCUGAACUGAGUAACAGGCAUGAUCGGUCGUCCAUAGACUCGUCAUCUGAUGGGUCUCACUUUACGGAGCAACUGGAUAUAUUAAGGCAGCAAUUUAGAGAAACAACUGACCGUUUAAUCUCAAGCAUCGAGUCAAUGUAUGAUAACGCAACGUCUUUAGAAUGGGGUGCAUCAAAUCCUAUUGAUUUAUCUCAACACGCUGAAUUUGACCGCGAACAAUCAACUAGCAAUUAUAAAAGUGGGAAUACCAGUCCGAAACCUCUAAGAACUGGUCGAAGAGUUAGUAUAUUCGGUCUUUCAAAUGCAGUAGACCAACAGCCUCUAAUAGGUGAAACUCGUUUAUCAACUCCAGAAUCUGUAAAUAAUGAAUCAUCAUCUAAUCAUCCAAUUGAAGGGAGCCUGAAAGUCGGAGGCGAUGCGGAAGACGAUGCAUGUCGAGAAAUGCGACAUUCUGCUGAGAUUUCAGAAAAACGACAACUCCUUACAUGGAAAACGAACAAACAACUUAAAAAAGCUCACCAAACCCUUGAGGAGCUCAAACGGACAGUUUCUUUGAAGGAGGAAUAUGUGGAUUUUACUCGUGACAGCAAAGAAAACGAACAGACAAAAACUCACCAGGAGAAAAUUCAGAAAUCGCUUAAGCAGGAUAGGGUCCCUCAUCAAUCCGAUCUAAAUAUUCCACCCCGCCAUAGGAAACAGUCAGAAGACAACAGUGAUGAAUGCAGCAGUCCCAUCGAACAAGAAAGCGACAACGUCACUGACGGUGAACGAACAAUCGGCCAACAGCGGGCUGAGAUUAUACGCUUUGAACACUGUUUAAAAAACAUGGCAGAGUUGCUAGAUCUAACUGCGCGGGCUCCUCGGAAAGUUGGCGAACUGGAGCGAAGUCUGUCCAUUAUGAAGGACCAGCAAUCGGUUCUAAAGGAGCAGCUUCGUCAAGAGAACGAGAAGAAAAAAGAGUUGAAACAAGAAAUAGAAAAGGAUCAUGUGCGUAUAGUUGAACUUGAACGUCAGCUACAGGAACAACGAGUUAGUUCCGAAAUGCGUUUCCUUGAACUUUGCAGUGAUAAAGACGGCACACCUGGUGAAUCUGAAUUGGAGCACAAGUGGCGCUGGCUGGUAGCAGAGGAGGAACGUUUGGUCGAACUGCGUACAGCCAUAACGUGGCGCUCCGAAGAACUAGAAGAGAAGCAGAGUAUACUGGAAAAAAGGGAAAUAGCCCUUGACAAAUCGAAAAAUCAAAGCGAAACCGAAAAGAGCCACACAAGUUCCAUCGGCGAUGUAGGAAGCAAGCGGAAAAAAGAUAUGGAGUCAAAUGAUAAAAUCGUUCAAACAUCAGGCAGUUCGUUUCUUAAAUAUAAGCUGUCCGACCUACAGUCGAUAUCCGGAAAUGAUAAUCCCACUGACAAGGAGGCCAUUCGCAAAGAGAUUCGUAAAAUGAGACACACGAGAGACUCUUUGGUUCAACAACGGCAAGAACUCGACGAAAGGCAGCACAGGGGGCGCGACUUGGAUGCCAGCGAGGAACGCCGCAUGCUCGAGUUGGACGAAGCCAUUGAAGCUGUUGACGCAGCGAUCGAGUACAAGAAUGAAGUUAUUUGCAGUCGACAUUACGAAUUGAAAAGCUCGACGGAGGACGGAUUGCUGUGUAGACUCAUGAGUUUAACGCACACUGAAACACGCUCUCUCCUUUGUAAAUAUUUUCAAAAAGUGAUUGAUUUGCGGGAAGGCUCAAAGAAGAUGGAACAGCAGUUUGCGGAAUUGGAAGCUCAAUUCGAGGAUCAAAGUCGUUACGUCCGCAAAUUAUCGGCGGCGUUGAAGCACACGCAGCUGGAAAUGGAGAGGCGGCAGCCGUCGCACCAGCGACAUUACGAGCCCAAAGCCACCACGGUUCAAAGGCAACUCGACCAGGAUUCGAGCGUCUGCGGCGGCGGCGGCUACGACGGCGACGGGAAGUUGAGUCAUCUGGACGACGAGUCCGAGUACCAAAACAGCCGCGACUUGCGAAGGCAGCUGCGUGACCUCUUGAGCGUCACGCCCAAACAUCGAACGGGAGGCAAUAGCAACACCGUCUCAGGUGUGGUGCCCGUUACUUCUGAGCUGGCGCCAAGUGCUUGCAGCAGUCGCACUCCUAGUCUGUUGGGUCUUCAAGCUGUCCAGGCCUUGCAUCAGAAGAUUACAGGGCUGCACCGCAUGCGGGGUCGACAGACGGCGCCGGAAACGACGACGACCGUAACGCGAGAGAAGAACAAACUCAUUAUCAAACAGCAGACGGUCCAACCCGAAACGAGAGAUACCAAACGCCGCCAUCGCUGAUUUAUUUCGGGAUGGUGCCCACUACCUUAUUAGAGUGGCAAUGUGAAAAGGCGCAGUUUAGAAGGGGCCCCGUGAUCGAUGCCCAGAAUGCAAGCAAUGAAGAUCCGCUUCACAGCCGUAGGACACAAGACCGAUGGUCCAAUCAAGCUGAUGUAUCGCAACGCAGCGGCAAUAGAGCUAUCUUAUUCUCUUUUUGAAAGAAAAAAAAAAUAAAGGAAAAAAUAACCAAAAUAACAAAAAUAAUGCAAAACUUGUGACUCUCCAGGAGGAUCCUUUUACAGUUGAAUCAUGCGGCGCGUCGUCUAUCUUUUUGUUUUAUAUUUCUCCUUUGAAUGGCUGAAAUGCUUUUGUUAUCGUCGCUGGUGUAUAGGUAGUACGUUUUUCUUUUCUUUCAUAGAAGCAAUUAAGCAUUUGUGUAUGAAACAGCAGAAAAUCAAGCGACAAUAAGAAAUGGCUGCGACGAGAAAUGUUUCCGCGCCAGCCGACGCUAACGGUUGUGUGUACGCCACUCAGCGUUCUCAGGGGGCAAUGAGCACAAAAGGAUGGUCCGGUAGAUCCGGGUUAUAUUCAAAUUUCAUUCGCAGAAGAAGAAUUCUUGUAUUUUGAAAGCCUUGACGUCAAUGAAAUGAACACAGGGUUUCUAUACUGUACUUUAUAGUUGAAGAAUAAAACACAGCUUAGACUAGCGAAUGAAUUCCAAUUCGUUACGCUGAAGAAAAACAAAAAAGAUUAGCCCCUUGUUAUAUUCAGCAUUUAAAAAAAGGGGAAGUUCAUUCAGACUGUGACAUCACACCCAAACUCCCCAACUACUACCCGGGCGUUUGACGGGGUUUUUUCAGACUCUCGGACAAAGGUGAUCGCUGCCGCUGCUGUUCAUGGCCUAUGGAAAAACGUUGAACGCUCAAACCCACUUAACUUUCCCGGUAUCGCUUCGGCUAUCUCUGAUCUUGCGAAGCGGUUUCCUUUGACUUCCAAGUUUCCUCAUUCUCAUCUGUUUGUUCGUUUUCUGUUUUUUUUUUUCUAUUAUAU